GGUUCCGUUCCGUGAACCGUCGCCAGGGACCACCACGGACCACCGUGUGCUGCCACCUAUUCUUCGGUUUCCCUGUACAUUAUUUCACCUUGGCUGGAAGAAAGGAAAAUUUGAUGUAGACAUUUAAUAGUUUUACUUUGACUUUUAAUUAAGUUUAGUUUACUGAUUAAUAUCUCUUUUUAUUUACGGCUGCUUCUACGAGACUACAAAGCUUUUUCGAUUUUUUGUGACGUCAUAUAAAUGCUGAAAUAACACAAUAUUUCGUAAGGACAAGAGCCUUGACCAAACUUGAAAUUGUAAGAAAAGUGAGCGAGGACAGUGGGGUGUGUGGGGGUGAUUCUUUAUUGGAGUAAAAUUUUGGGGGUGGUUUGAGGAAUAUUGCGAUAUUGUGAGCAUCUUAUUCGGGGAAGUACUUCCCACGUAUUUUUAAUCAAGCCGCCGCCAUUGAUCAUUCAUUGAUGACGAUUGAAAACUCAGCAAUGGGGGAGCAACCCAUCUUCUCCUGUAAGGCGCACGUGUUUCACAUAGACCCCAAGACGAAGCGGUCAUGGAUCCCGGCGUCGGCCUCGGCGGUCUCCGUGUCGUUCUUUUACGACUCGACGCGCAACCUGCACCGUAUCAUCUCCGUGGAGGGCACAAAGGCCGUCAUCAACUCCACCAUCACCCCCAACAUGACCUUCACCAAGACGUCGCAAAAGUUCGGCCAGUGGUCCGACGUACGCGCCAACACCGUCUACGGCCUCGGCUUCGGCACAGAGGCUGAGCUCAACAAGUUCAUCGAGAAGUUCCAGGAGAUCAAGGAGGCGACACGGCACGCGCCGGCCGGCUCGGCGCCCAACGGCACCAGCUCGACGCCGACCACCAGCACCAACGCGUCACCAGUGAUCGCGCGCGCCGUCAAAAUGGACCAGCAGCCGUCGGAGAGCCCCAAGCACGAGCUGAAGGGCGGCGCGUCGCCGGCGGCAGCCGCCGUCGGACCGUCACCGGCAGCAUCCUCCAGCGAGGCGCAGCUCAAAUACGAGAACGACAGACUCAAACUGGCGCUGGCACAGAGCUCUGCCAACGCCAAAAAGUGGGAGGUAGAGCUGACGACUUUGAAGACCAACAACGCCCGGCUGACGGCCGCCCUGCAGGAGAGCACAGCCAACGUAGAGGAGUGGAAACUGCAGCUCCAGAGCUAUAAGGAGGAGAACGGUCGGCUGCGCAGCCGGGUCCUGGAGCUGGAGGCCGGGCGCGGAGGCGACACGGCCGACCUCUCCCGCGAGCUGCACCAGCUGCGUCUGCGCGCGGACAAACUGGAAGCAGAGGGCAAACGGAAGGACGAGGAGAACCGGAAGCUGGCGGCCGGCCAGCCGGACCCGGCCGCCGCCAAGGCACAGGAGGAGAGCAUGAAGGCUAUGGAGCAGGAGAACGAGCAGCUGCGCGGCCAGCUGUCCCGGCUGCAGGACCAGCUGGAGAUGGCGCUCUCGGCGCAGGAGUCGCAGCACAAGGUGCUCGACACGCUCAACAUGCAGCUCGGGGAUAAGAUCGCCGAGCUGCAGGGAAUCCACACCGAGCUGCACCAGGCCAUCCAGACCUAGGCCGGCCGGACGACUGCCGAGCUCAGCCGCCGUGCCGCCGCCGCCACCGCUACUGCCGCCGCAGCCGUGUCGGAGACGCCGCGCCGGUGUGCUGCCGGGCCCGGUGACCGGCUGGUUCUCGCGCGCGUCCAUUACGGUGUUGCCGUGUCCGCGGCGCUACGCCGGCCGACGGGCGUGCUCGGAGUGCGGCCACGGCCCGCGCCCGCCAUCGACCGCGGCCCAGUCGUAUGUGCAAUCUCGCUGGCUGCUAACGUUUUAUCUGCAUUUUCUCACGAGUGUGCGUCGCCGCCCCAGUGGCGCCGCCGAGCGAUUUUAGCCCAUUAACACAGCGCAGCUUAUCUCAGGAAGAUGAUCGCUGUCUUCACCGCUCGCGCUCGCUGGCCGCAGCUGAUCUCUGCCGGCCGCCGCCAUGCAUUCCAUAUUUAUUUGCUGGCCAGCUCAGCGCCAGAGUCGAGUUUUUCGCCCCCUGAUGUGAUGUCGCGCCGCUCGACGGGCCGGGCGUGGUGGCGCCCUCCCCCGGCGGGCGCCGUUUUUACUGGGGCGCUCCGCCGCCGCCGCCGACAUAUGACCACUGGGGACCAGGCGGUUUCAUGUUCGUGACUGUGGCGUAUUCGUCAUGUGUGGCUAGCUAAGGCUACUCCUCCGAGCGUUUGUGUAUCAUAGUUCGGUUCUGUAUAUCAGUUUGUAAUAUAGCACAAACCGUGCGUACAAAACACCUGAGACGAACGCC